GGCGCGGCUGCGGAGGCUUCAGUAGACCGCUGUUUCCAGAGGUUCGGCCUUCGCAUCUCUCCGGCUCGGAACCCGUGGCUGCCUCCCGACCGGCGCCAGCAUGUCCGUCCCGCGCACCGUGCACGAGUUCUCAGCUCGCCUGCUGGGCAGCGGGGAGCUAAUGAGCCUGGCUUCUCUGCGGGACAAGGUCCUGCUCAUCGAGAAUGUGGCGUCUCUUUGAGGCACUACGGUCCGCGACUACACGCAGAUGAACGAGCUGCAGCAGCGCCACAGGGCUCGCGGACUCGUGGUGCUCGGCUUUCCCUGCAAUCAGUUUGGCCAUCAGGAGAAUGGCAACAAUGAGGAGAUCCUGAAUUCCUUGAAAUUCGUCCGACCAGGCAAAGAGUUUGAGCCCAACUUCCUGCUGUUUGAGAAGUGUGAGGUGAAUGGGGAGAAAGCUCACCCUCUCUUUGCCUUCCUGCGGGAGGCACUGCCAGUCCCGAGUGAUGAUGCCAUCUCUCUAAUGACCGACCCAAAGUACAUCAUCUGGUCUCCAGUAUGCAGGAAUGACAUCUCCUGGAACUUUGAGAAGUUCCUGGUGGGUCCGGAUGGCGUGCCUGUAAAGAGAUACAGCAGGCGAUUUGAAACCAUCAGUAUUGAAAAGGAUAUCGAGGAGCUCCUGGCUAAGGUGCCCAAAAAGGCAUAAUAAGGCCCUGUGUCAGAGAAGAUGCAGCUGUUGCUCAGAGGAUUCCCAGCUUUCUCCUCUGAAGUGGACUGUCUGGAGUUUGGCAGGAGGGUGCUAAUGGUCCAUGUGAGUUUUAUCUAUGAUAGUGUUCUUUUUAAACCUUUUUGGAGAAAGAACACUUGAUGCUACUUGUAAAAUCUCCAUGAGACUCUAGUGGCCUGCCUCGCCAUUUCUCUGGAUAGCUCAAGUGCCUGUCCAUUCUAAUAAAGUUCUAGAAAGAAAACUGA